AUGUCGGGCGAACUAACAAACAGCGACUUCCGCCUCAUCUUUGACAACUACGAAAAGGAAAAGAAGGAAAGGGAAAACAACUUGUUGCUGAAGGAGCAGAAGAAGUUGAAGAGAAAACAGAAAUAUUUAACCAAAAAAAAAAAAAGUGAAGAAAAGGAAGAACAAAAAUAUAGAGACAGAGCAGAAGAAAGGAGAAAAGGAAUCGUAAAAGAUGUUAAGGAUGCAAGUGUGCUAUAUGACAAUGCGAAUAACACAAUUGAUGAGUCGAAAUUCAUGGGAGGAGAUACGGAACAUACCCAUUUGGUUAAAGGGCUUGACUACUUACUUUUAAACAAAGUAAGAAACAAAUUAAUUGAUAAGAUAAGCUCAGAGAAGGAAAAAUUAAAAGGAAAUAAAACGAGUGAUGGUCGGAUAUCCAACAAAAUACCAUCUUUUUCCAACGACGAAUCGAGGCACAUUUUUAAAUAUUUUUUUCUGUAUGAACAUCCACAUCAUAUACAUUUUAAAAAAAAAAUACACAACAUUUAUGACAGCAUAAUAAAUAACAUGAAAUUUAAAAAUUACAACAAAAAUAUUUACUCCGUUAAUUAUAAGUACAACAUCAAUAUGGAGGUGGAAAAAAAUGACGUGCCUAUCAGGUAUAUAUACAAGGUAGAAGACGUUAAGGUCAAUUAUACGUACCAUUUGAAAGCCUCCGUUUUGGACGAAAUUGACGUAUGCUUUAAAUGGCACAUGGAAAAUAAGAAAAAAAAAAAAAGUGAAAGAUUGCCAAAGAGACCACUAACAACUAGCUUUUUUCAGCAGGAACAGAAUUAUGCGAUUGGCCAGGAGGACGACGACGACAUUGACAUUUUUAAGAACGAUGGGGAUGCGGUUAGCGAUGACGCCAAAGGGACGAACAGCACAGCCACUGCGACGGGUGGUGCGAAUGUUAGGGACAACCAUCUGAGAAGCAGCGCAGACGAGGAGGAGAAGAAGAAUAAGAAGAAGGACGGUGAUGAUGCUAAUGAUGAUGAUUCUGAUGAUUAUGAUAAUGGUGAUGAUUAUGAUAAUGGUGAUGAUUAUGAUAAUGGUGAUGGUACUGAUAAUGAUGGUGCCAGCUCAGAUGCCAGUGAUGUGAAGACGAAGCAACGCAAUGAGGAACAACACAGAAAAGACGAAAAUAAAGAGACACAACUGGAUAAGGGCGAUAACAUAAACUUGUUCUAUUCUGGAAAAUUGCCCGAUAAAGGGAAGAGUAAAACCGAAAAUGAGAGUAAUAAGAAAAGCCUAACUGGAAACGUUUUUAAGGACACAUAUGAUGAGUGCUAUCCGGGUUAUAGGAAGAGAGGCUUUUUUUAG